UCCACUGGACUCUCAGACUAGCCCGGGCUCUGGUCUGGUACUUCAGGGCAACUUCCCUCACAGUCAGCGCCGCGAGUCUUUCCUCUACCGCUCCGACUCAGACUUUGACCUGUCGCCCAAAACCAUGUCUCGCAACUCGUCCACUGCCAGCGACCUGGAGGAAGGAUUGAAGCAUUGGGAAGUUAAUUGGCUGCCUCGGCAUGGAGAAGACAUGAUAGUGACUCCAUUUGCACAGGUUCUGGCCAGUCUGCGAACAGUAAGAAGUAACGUUGCUGCUCUUACACAUCUCCAAGAUCGUGUGGUAAACAAACGACCAUCUAGCGCCAGUCAGCCUCCUCUGUGCAAGCCGUGUAUUUCAGAAGAGCCCUAUCAGAAGCUAGCGAUGGAGACUCUAGAAGAGCUGGAUUGGUGUCUGGACCAGCUGGAGACGCUGCAGACGAGACAUUCAGUCAGUGAGAUGGCGUCCAAUAAGUUUAAGAGGAUGCUGAACCGUGAGCUGACGCAGCUAUCAGAGACGAGCCGCUCAGGGAACCAGGUGUCAGAGUUCAUUGCCAGCACUUUCCUCGAGAAGCAACAUGACGUGGAGAUCCUAUCUCCGCCUACUAAGGAGAAGGAGAAGAAGAAAAGGCCGAUGUCACAGAUUAGCGGUGUGAAAAAGGUCACACAAAGCCCGAGUUUAGCGCCUGCCCUCAUCCCUCGCUUUGGAGUCAACACACCGCAUGAGAGCAUGUUGGCAAAAGAAAUUGAGGACCUUAAUCGCUGGGGUAUGGAUAUUUUCAAACUAGCAGAAUAUGCAGGAAACCGCCCUCUGACGGUGGUCAUGUACUCCAUCUUCCAGGAGCGAGAUCUUCUGAAAACCUUCAAGGUGCCAGCAGAUACCUUCCUCACCUUCAUGAUGACUUUAGAGGACCACUACCAUGCGGACGUAGCUUAUCACAACAACAUCCACGCAGCUGAUGUGGUGCAGUCCACCCAUGUUCUCCUGUCCACUCCUGCUUUAGAGGCGGUGUUUACAGACCUAGAGAUCAUGGCCGCUCUUUUUGCAAGCGCCAUCCAUGACGUCGACCACCCAGGCGUCACCAACCAGUUCCUCAUAAACACCAGUUCCGAGUUGGCACUAAUGUACAACGAUUCAUCUGUGCUGGAGAACCACCAUCUCGCUGUUGGCUUCAAGCUGCUGCAAGAGGAAAACUGUGACAUCUUCCAGAACCUCAGCAAGAAACAGAAGGACUCCCUCCGAAAGAUGGUGAUUGACAUGGUGCUGGCCACAGAUAUGUCCAAACACAUGAACUUCUUGGCAGACAUGAAGACGAUGGUGGAGACCAAGAAAGUGACGAGUUUGGGAGUCCUGCUGCUAGACAAUUAUUCUGACCGCAUCCAGGUUCUACAGAACAUGGUCCACUGUGCUGACUUGAGCAACCCAACCAAACCACUGGAGCUGUACCGAAAAUGGACGGACCGCAUCAUGGUGGAGUUCUUCACCCAGGGAGACCGAGAGCGGGACAAGGGGAUGGAGAUCAGUCCUAUGUGCGACAAACACAACGCCUCCAUAGAGAAGAGCCAAGUCGGAUUCAUUGACUACAUCGUGCACCCUCUGUGGGAGACCUGGGCGGACCUGGUGCACCCUGACGCCCAGGACAUCCUGGACACGCUCGAGGACAACAGGGAGUGGUACCAGAGCAUGAUCCCACGCAGCCCCUCGCCGACGAGCCCGGACGAGCACCGCGCCGAGGUGGGACCCGCAGAUGGCACCGCGGGGACGGGGGGAGGCGUCCCUUCAGGAGGAGGAGACAAAUUCCAGUUUGAACUCACCUUGGAGGAGGAAGAGGAGGAUGAGGAGGAGGCGGAGUCUGACCUGGAGAGUCCCCUGGAGGAGGAGUUUCAGACAAGCGGAGACAGGCGUCACGAUUCCUCCUCUCCGUCUCUGUCUCCAGACCCCCGGAGCGGCCACGGCAGCAGGUACCGCCCCCCCUCGCCUCACCCGUCUCGGACCCUGAGUCUGGCCUCCAUGUCGGUGCGGAGCCCCCACCCACACAGGACGCUGGCCUCCCCGGGGCCGGACGGUUCAGACAGGAACAGAGAGCUUAGCCAGGAGGGCGACGGCGUGGCCUGCCUGCGGAUGGGAACGUAAUGACCAGCACGAGCCGCCCUGCCGGAGAGACAAUGGGGGGGGGCCGGAGCCGUACGGGCAGGGCGAGCCUUUGCCAGUAAUGUCUGUAAAAUCACCACAGUCCCUUUACACUGGAGACACCCUCUCUGGAGAGCAGAGGAACAAUUCUCCUCUGUGUUUUAUUUUUUUUUCUUUCUUUUCCAGCAAGAUGAAAUGUUUUAUCCUCUGUCCGAGUGCCUGAUAGGCCCUCCUGGUUUACUGCAGCUUCAGUUUGGAGUAUUCCUGAUGAAUAAUUGCUGCAUUCAAACUGGGACGCGGGGGAAUUAAGGCUUGUACUCACACAAAAGGUAAACAAAACCUAAAGGAAAUGUCUUCCUCCAAACUAACUGUGACAUCCGGUGAAAUGCAGUGGUGUGACAGGGUCUUGGAAAUUUAUUUUGCACCACUCUUUUGAUUUAGCAUCUAAGAUUUUUGAGCUGGGAUAAGUGAGUAUGAUUUGUUUCUUUUAAGAGUGACGUGUGAAAUGAGUCAUUUAACCAAAUACGGGAUGUAGAUGAGAAACUCGACGGACCUAAACCUCAGGGUAUGAAGUGAAGCAUAAACCUAAUGUAGCACAGGUGUACUGAACCCCUUCCCCCGACCCGAACCCCCAAACUGUCUUUCCUGUUCGUCUCAGUGAAAAAAAAGUGAGACUUUGUCCAACGUGUGUGUCUUUACAUUUAUUUAAAUCCCUUUAAUAGAGAAAUUGGCAGAUGAGGCAAUCACAUACUCAAACCAGCUUGUAGCACCACAGGAACCGCACACUUUGGACUGAACCCCAGUCUCGCCUGUUGAAAAGACACCAAUGUGUAAUUAGUUUGAGCUUUAUUCUAUUUUUUACCUUAUAUUUUAAAUUGUUUUUGUUCUAAUUUCUCUACUGUUCCUUGUUGUAUGUUUGCUGGUCUCGUGUGUUUUUUGUGCUGAAAAAAAAAAAA